AUCUCCUUCAUAAUCAUAGAACGAACAACAUCCGUUUCUGGCUUUGCGGGUUGAGCAAUGGCCGGAAAACAGGUCGGCGAGGGUUUACCGGCGAACCUCGCUGGAAUGUCAAAGAAUCAGCUCUACGAUAUCAUGUCUCAGAUGAAGAAUCUGAUCGAACAGAACCAGCAACAGGCCAGGCAGAUCCUCAUCCAAAAUCCUAUGUUAACCAAAGCGCUUUUCCAGGCACAAAUUAUGCUUGGAAUGGUGCAAGCACCUCAAGUGGUUCCAAAAGUUCAGCCAAUGGUUUCACAGAACAAUCAGCAGCCAGUACAACCAACACAACAGCCAAAUAUUCAGCCUGCUCCAUUAUUGCCUGGGCAUGGUGGUGCACAGGAUCAAGCAGGUGUAUCUCAAACCCAAAUUCCUCUGAGGAAACACCAGAACCAACCUUCAGUGCCAGUUUCAUCUGCUGUUCCUGCAGCGAGGCAUCAAUCUCAGCCCAUGGCUGCACAUUCCUUGCCAAUGCCACAACAUCCUAAAGGACAUCCAACUCCCCAAAUGGCUCUAGUGUCUCUUCCACAAUCAUCACAACUUCCAAACAUACCUCCACCUUCUCUUCAAUCAUCAUCACAGCCUCUUCAUCCAACUCAAAUGGCAACUGCUUCCAGUCAGUUACAGCAACCAAUGCAGACAUCGGGGUUUCCACCUCUGCAACCACCGCUGCCACCGCAGAUCAGACCAACUGCCUUGCCAACCUUCCAUCCCCAGUAUCCCCCACAAAUGGUUGCAAACAUGGGUUUCCAACAUGCUGGUGCUUCUCACAAUCUUCCGCAAUCGAUGUUUCAUCCUGGUACAAAACCUUCUGCUAGUGUUGGGUCCACAUUCCCACAGGGGCAGACACCACUUCCAGGUCAACCAUCAUCUCAGCCACCUUAUCAGGUUGGGAAUAUGCCUUUAGGGCCUGAUUUUGGCAACCAAGCUGGAAAUGCUAUGCAAGUAGACAGAGGGUCUUCUUGGAUGCUUGGUCCCUCAGAAAACCUAGCACAUCUAUCUGGUCCUCCUGGACCACCAUCUGUAGUUUCUGGUCAGAUGGGUGCUGCUGCUAAGCAGCCUCUUCGGCCUCCUGGGUUGACACCGGAGAUGGAGAAGGCACUGCUUCAGCAGGUCAUGAGCCUCACACCAGAGCAGAUAAAUCUCCUGCCUCCAGAACAAAGAAAUCAAGUGCUGCAGCUACAACAGAUGUUGCGUCAAUGAUGUAAUACGCAUACAACACCAUGAAAGUUAGGCAAUCUUUAAUCCUUCCAGUUUGGCAGAGGUUAUUAUGUCAUUUUUUUUUAUCGGCAAAUAUUAGUUUGUUAGUUUUGUAGGAAUAUCGCUGGUAAGAAUUUGAACCUGCAACCUCUCCCUCCCCCCUUAAGCCCUCUUUUUAACCAUUAAGCCAACCUUAUAUCUCCUAAAGGUUAUUAUGUCGUAUAUAUUCAAACUGGUUGGCUGCCAAGUUUUGUAGAAAUUAAAUUAAUACAAAUUCAUGUAACAAAUUAUAGAGCAUAUUAUUCGUUUCUUCUGGAAUUUGGCACGAGUGUAUCUUUUCCGUUA